AUGCGCCAGCGCUUGUGCGAGAGCUCGACGCUGUACAGCGAGCUGCCUCCCUUCGAGUUGGGUGCGCCGGGCAAGUCCAGCGUGCGCCCUAGCGCUGAGGAGGUGUGGUGCAGCCUGGAAACGCAGGAGCCGCCGUUUCCGCCAAUGCAUUUGCCGCCCAAAGUGGUGGCGCGGUUCUUGGAGGCUCAGCUGCACCUGGGCCAGGUGACCCUGCAGGAGGUCGAGCCCUUGAUGCCUCACCUGGCGCAUGCUGCCGGAGGUCCUGGGGGCCGCCCCAGCACACAACUCGCGCACCUCCUCAUCCUUUUCCUGGGAAGGGGUGGCCAUGCUUUUCCCUGGCUCUGGCGCCGGGCCGUGGCUGGUGCCUUCCUUGAGGCAGAUGCCCGAACCAAGCUGGACGACAGCGCUGGAAUCAAACGAUUGAUGCCCUCCAGUGCGUUGACACCGCUGGCAGAUUGCUUCGCGCAGCACCUGGAGCUUCUGCGGCCCCUGGCCCUCGCGUCCUCGGCCUCGGGCUCCAUGCUGCUGUCCGGGCACCUCCGGGUGCUGUCCGGGGGCCUGGCGCGGCUCUGGGCGCUGCUGGGGCGGAGGAGCGGCACUCUGCCGGACUCGGAGCUGCAAGAGGUGGCCUGUGCUGUCCCGCGGCUCUUCGAGGCUCAAGACUUCCUGGAGGACUCGGGCCCCCUAUCCCGCUCGGCGCUGCAAUGUGCUCGCGCUCUGAGCGGCGAGCUGCAGCGGCGGGACAUGAGUCUGAGCGCCGAGCUGCGGCAGUUGCUGACGGGCAACGGCGUCCAACCUGCUCAAUUGCUGGAAGAUGUGAAGGCUCUUAGCAUCGAUUCAAUCGUCACACACUAA